AUGGAUACUCUUGACGACGAGGGUGAAGGUUAUCGCACAAAAGACGCCUCAUUGAGGGAAUCAGCAGCUGCGGCCGCAAGCGAGGGAUUGUACUGGCGGCCCUUCUACCUCCGACGUCGUGUCCUAACAGCCUUUCUCGUCACCUUCGCUCUUAUUGUAUGCGCCAUAGAGGUACUGCUUGCUGUAUCCAACCGUAAUGAUGGCUUCACUACAGCUGCAUCGGGCGAGUACUACCUCUGGACGUACGGUCCGACCGCAUUCCUGACCCUGAUCGCGGCUGCUUUCAGUCGAGUUGAGUACCAGAGCAAGAUCUCUGCGCCAUGGGAGCACAUGGCGAGACAAGCUAGCAAAGCUGCAGAUUGCCUCUUGCUAGACUACGUGUCCGAAUUUCAGCUCGUCACGAUAUACAAAGCACUCAGGAACAGAGAUUUCACGGUUGCAGCCACGACCAUUAUCUCUCUCAUGAUCAAAUUGAUGAUUGUCUUUUCCACUGGUCUUAUCACGCUGUCAUUGACACGGGUUCAUAGAGACUCGGUGGCAAUGAUACUGCAGGACCGUUUCACCAACGACAAUACUGCUCUAGCUGCUGCCGACACCUUGCCCUACUUCAUCCUGCAGGGAUUGAUUGGCAGCAAUCUGACGUACCCGAUGGGUAUUUCCAGAGAUUUCGCCUUUCAAUCCGUCCAGACAGGGCUCCCGAGCACGGCACAGAGCCAGGUCAGUGUCGAUGGGCUGACCAACUCCCUCGUGUGCGAGGCCAUCGACCUGAACAUGACUGGAUCCGCUCCUCCAGACCCCCAUUACUCGGAAAACACUAUGAAUCUCACCAUCACGGCCCGUGACUGCGAGAUGAAGCUGCGUUUGAUGGCACCCGACUUUACUGUUGACAACGAGAAUGGAACGACCUUGUUCAGUCGUUUCGCCCAGGGUCAGUGCAAUGGCACGUCCGAUGAAUCCGGGAGACGCGUGCUCGUCAUGUUCGGUAAUUUGGGGUACUAUACGGACACCUCACAGAACGUUACAGACUACACGGGCCAAUAUACUUUCAAUCCGAUCAGGGGGAUAUUGCACAAGUCCGCUCAGCUGCUUUGCACUCCGAGCUACACUAUCACGACAGUCAAUCUGAUCCAAAACGGCACGAACGUCCAGAACGUGACCCUCGCUCCUGAGGCUUCCAAUCACACGCUCGACACUGUUACUGCAUGGAAUAUUAUGGAUGCGCAUUUCGCCGCGUACAAUAACAUGAUUACAAAUAUCGGCGGGUACUGGACGGACACAACGAUCUAUGUCGAUGGACAAGAACAUACUCUUGUGGACGUAGAUCAGUACUCAUCACUUAUGUUACAACUCGAAGUCGCGUCGGAUAUGAAUUCCUCUACCCUUUUCAAUGAGACCAUUUUGCAACAAGUUGCAACAGCCUACUACCGACAAUUCGGCGCUAUCGUCGCCAAGCAAUUUUUGUUCGAAACUGCCCAUAUUCCUACUACUGGCAAGGCCAUAUUAAUGGAGAACCGGCUAGUCGUACGCCUGUGGUCCGGGCAAUCUAUGGCAGCUAUUGGGGGAGGGUGUUGCAUCUUGGCGUUGGUGUGCAUCCUCACGAUUGAAAAGCAAGGAGUUGUUCCUCGAGACCCGAGCACGCUAUAUGGAAUUGCGGCAAUUAUAUCGCACAGCUCUGGGGUUUUGAGCAAGCUUAGGGACUUGGGGGACGGGGAUGAAGAGACAUUCAAGACAAGUCUGGAAGCUUCAUCCUUCCGAUCCGAAGUUACCUGGGCACCUUCAUCUGGACUGAAAAUCUUCAGAAUCCGACAUGCCUCAACGAUUAAUACCACUAAUAGAAGCUACCAACGCAGAACAGUCCAUGCUCACCCCGUGGUUCUGAAUCCUGCAGUCCGUGUUAUUCUCGGUCUGAUCUUGGUUGCGUUGAUUGUCGCACUCGAACUGACUUUGCGAAAGUCGAACCGGGAUGACGGCUUGGGGGAUAUUGCCAACGACACAUAUAUUCAUUACUUGUGGACUUCUCUUCCCAGCGUCGUGUUCGGAGGUAUUGCAAUGCUUUUUUCCGCCAUUGACUUCAAGACAAGGUCGCUGAUCCCUUACCUCCUCCUUGACAAAGUCGUCAGAACCAAAACUUUUAUGUCGUUUCAUCUUCUGGAUGCGUCAGUACCCUACGCUAUCUGGAAAGAAAUUGGCCUGAGAAAUGUUGGUGCUGUUGCAACUACGACGACGUUGCUAGUUGCGUCUUUUUUCACAAUCUUCUCUGGGUCACUGUUCAGAGAAGCAACGUUCCCAACUAGCCGCACACUGACCUUGCGCGCCGACGAUUCUUUUCCGGUGGACACAUACGUUAGUGACGCAGCCUCGCUCGGGGACGUCGCGGCAUCUUUGAUCCUCGAAAGCAAUUUGACUUUUCCGAAUUUCACGUACGAAAAUCUCGUCUUCCCACAAUUUCUGCUCAACACAUCGUGGCUUCCUGAGCAAGAAGAAAUUACAGACUUUUCCGGCCUCGCUAUCAAGUCAAUUGUUCCCUCCUUGCGUGGCAGCCUCCAGUGUCAGGUAUACGACUCAUCCAGCAUUCAUACCAACCUGACACUAAACUACACUAGUAGCGAUACGAUCCACAACCCUCUAUGGAUCGACAUUGAUGGGGAGGACUGCGGAUCGGAUGCGGUAAAGUCCAACCCUGCGGAAUUCAAAGAUACACAGUACUGGUACGCACUCGGCUUCAGCGUGGAGACCAACAUGUCAUAUUUUGGCCAGGGAGGUGUGAGGGACGACGACAGCAACGGCUGUAGCGAUAUCUUGUUCGCCUGGGGCCAUCUGGACUUUGGGGAUGUCGAUGACCCGAUUCAGCAUAUCGCUGCCAUGGGCUGCAAUAACAGUUUCGAGACCGUGGAGGUUGAAACCACUUUUAUCGGCACCAACCUCGCUAUCGAUCCCGCACAGCCGCCCCGGCCGCUCGAGUACACGGCACAUAAUACGACCAGUUGGAACACAUUGACGCUCAUGUACAGCUAUCUAGCCGAAGUACACACAAACGAGCUCCUUAAUAGCUUCUUCUCUUUGCUGACCACCUCCCGGUGGGCAGUCCCUGUUUCCAUGUUCGACGGUGCUAAAGAUGAUGCGGACACCGAGGUGGCAGCAGCAAUUCAGUUCCAGCACAAUAUUAUCAUGGCCCAAGUCCUGAGCAACACACGCGUGCCUGCUAAUACAACCAAUGCAACUCUGGCGUACCCACCCCCAGCGGACCUCACCGACGGCAACGACGCUAUUCCGCUUUACACGGCCGUGGCCACGGACACUACAGGCCGUCGGCGGGUUGCGCAGGACACUGCGUCCACACGUAUUCUCGAAGUCCUGCUCGCUAUUACACUGGUGCUCCUGCUUGUUGGAUGGGCGGACGUGCGGCACACAAACGUCCUUGCAGCAAGUCCGACUACAAUCGCCAGUGUGGUGGCUCUGCUGGCCGGUGGGAACGUGGUGCAGCAGAUGCCGGCGGAUGCAGAAUGGUCUGCUCAUGAGAACAUCCAGAGAGUGCUCGGGCCGGAGACGAACUUCUGGCUGGGGUGGGGCAAUGCGCCGGAUGAUGAAGGGUUAGGAAUGAGCAAUGAGAAUCACAAUCGUGUGCGUCGAUUCGGUAUAUUUGCUGCCCGGAAUGCGGAGGAGAUCGAAAUGAAGCUACACAAGCCUGGUACCGACAGUGGUGCCUCUUCACUACUGCUUCGCGAGAACGUGGUGUAA